GAAAAUAUCAAUCUUAAUUUUUUUCUGAUAAUAUGUUGGGACUAACUGAUGUUUUCCUAUGUGUCUGUUGCCUUUUUGCCAAUAUCACCAUAACGUCAUGUUUUUGUAACGUUACAUAUAAUUCAACAGAUGUAAUUGUGAAAUGUGAUAACGCUAAUACAUCUAACGUACCAAAGAAUGUAACGAUUCUGUUUUGUAAUAACAACAAGGAUGAUUGUAACGCGAGAUUGUUUUGUAAUCGUGAUUUUAAAAAAUUGCGUUUCAUCGACAUAUCAAAAAAUAGUCUACAAUAUUUACCACAAGGGUGUUUUUCUUCGUUUGUGGAUUUGGAACACUUAAUUAUAUCAAACAAUCAACAGCUGGGUUUUGAUAACAUGUAUAACGCGUUCCACGGACUUAACAAGACCAAGAUAAAACAAAUUCAUGCCAGUAAUGUCAACCAAGUUACUGUCAUCUACCCUUAUCCGAGGAACAUAUCAACUCUUCUAACAAAAACCUCACUCAAAACCUUUCAUCUUGCAUACAACGAAAUUCAAACUUUAGAAAGCGGGUCCUUUUAUUUGUUACCAAUGACUUUGCAAGACCUAUCUAUUCGUGGAAAUCGAUUUGAAUGGAAUCCAGUUUUUUUAGAAAUUGCCAGCCUGAAAAGCCUUCAGAAGCUCGACAUCAGUUAUCAAUGUUCAACACGUAGGUAUCGUCAGAGAACACGACGACAUAUUGAUCUGGAAAGAAACAUCACAAACCAAACUAAAGAAGACUGCAAAGAUAAAACACUAGGGGACCUUUUUCGUGUGGUUCCACCAAGUCUUACAACCUUAAUCGCAACGGGCUUGAUAUCCGAAUACUCUUGCAUUCCGCGUUUUGGCAUUUCAAGGCAGAGUAAGCUUGAGUACAUAGACAUUUCCCAAGCAGGAUACAAUACUUGGAUAGGUCCUAUUGAUGUUCAUCCCGUGUUUAAUAAUAUAAGAGAGUUAGAUUUGUCAAACAACCAAUGUCAUUUUAUCGAAACUGGCUUUUUUCGUAAUUUAACUCACCUUACAACUCUUAACUUAAACUACAAUGUACUUGGUCCAUUCAUGUCAUUUACAAAAAUAUCAGCAUCUGUUUUCCAUGGGCUUAAAUCUUUAAAAUGUUUGUGGAUGACAAACAACUUUAUAAAGCAUCUCGAUAAAAACAUGUUGAAGGACAACAUUUACUUAGAGGAGCUUCACAUAAAUAAAAACGAGAUUGAAUCAUGGACUUUAGAUAUCAGCCAUCUGAAAUACCUAACACUAAUCGAUUGUUCCCGAAAUAAACUCACCACUCUUCCCAAAUCAGUCAGAGAUUCGUUGGAUGCGAUUAGCAAGAACAAAACAGUAAUGGUGAAUCUUAAAUAUAAUAAAAUUAUAUGUACAUGCAAAAAUUUGAAUUUUCUUGACUGGAUGUUUAAAACCCGGGUCAGAGUAAUACUCCCGGAGGGUUUUCAAUGUGUUGGUUUUAAAGGUAAUAUAUCAUAUGGCUAUAACUAUCUAAAGAAAGAAUGUGGUAAGGAAAACAGCGUUAAAGAGUGGCUGUAUCUUGUUCAGACAAUUUGUCUUCUCUUCAUUCUAUGUGUCAUCGCUCUUGUUGUUUACAAGAAACGUUGGACACUCAUCUAUCGGUGGUAUAUGUUUCGUCUAAAACGAAAACGAUACACUCCAAUCGGAGGAUGCGCUGGUGGUUAUCAGUUUGACGCGUUUCUGUCUUUUGCUGACGAAGACAGACCAUUUGUUGACAGAGUGAUAGAUGAGUUGGAGGGAAAUCCGGAGGUUAAACUUAAUGUUUGUGUUCAUUUCAGAGACUUUAUACCUGGAAAAUCUAUUUCAAGGAACAUUGUCACAUCGAUUCAUUCGAGUAAGAAGACAAUUGUGUUCAUGUCACGUGCCUAUCUCAAAAGUGAUUGGUGCAAAUACGAAUUGCGAAUGGCUAUCACAGAAGAGAGCCACAUGAAUCGUGAAGUUGUCAUAAUGACAGUGCUUGAAGAUAUUCCCCAUAAAGAACUUUCUCUGGAUGUCCUGCAGUAUUAUAAGAAGAACAGUUACAUUAUCAAACCCAACACAGAGGAAGAAUUAAAACUGUACCUGAAAGUGUUAGAAAAACUUGUUAAUUAAUGUAAAAUAUUCUUCUAAUGUGUUUUGAUUACCUUUAUUUUACAAUGCUUACAUUGAUUUGCUGGGGUUUUUUUGAUAAGAGAUAGAAUUACUUCUGAUGAACUGGAAUUUAUAAAAAAAAUUAUAAUACAGUAAUCAGACUAAAUAAUAGAUUGUCCCAUUUUGGUUUGAUCUCAGUUCAAACAAGUUAUAAGAGAAACACAAGGAAAUAAAAAAAAAUGAUGAAAAAUCAGUACGAAAAUCGAUUUAUUUAAAUAUAAUGAUUUAAAGGUAAAAACUUUAUUAACAGUGUGCAAAGAAAUAUUACUUUUCCCCGAAAAUUCCUUUAAGAGUACAUAACUGUAUAAGGAAACGUGUAUUGUAUCUGUUUCGAAUGUUGAAUAUAUCAUAUCUUAUUAAAUGGAAAGAGCUGCGGUUUCUUGUAAAAUAAAUCAUUUUCUUAUCAUAAAAAGUGCUCUUAUUAUGAAUUAUUAAAAAAAACGUAUAGAAAAGUGAACAAGGAAACAAGUUUAAUGCCUUACUUUUCCUCGAAUGCUGUUUCAAUUAAUUUUAUAAAAAGGAAAUUUUUCUCAAAGCAUAAAUAACAUUUGUUAACGGUAUAAUUUAAGAGGUCGCUUUAUUACCCUUGUGCAAAGGAAAAAAUAGGGGAAGGGGGGAAUCUCAAAACGACGUACGGAUUUAUGGAAAUAAAAGUAAAUAAAGUUAACCAAAAAACUUAUUUAAAUCGGAAGAGUUUAACAGCAUAAAUUACUUUUUGUUUAAGAAACUACAUUAGACAAACUUAACCCUCUUUAAGUAACAAGUUACAUAGUGUGUGAUUGUGUGUGUGAUUGUGUGUGUGUG